GCUAACAACUCCCAACAUUGUUGGAUGUUACAGUUGCGUCCGUUUGCACACUCUGUUGCAUGUUGCUGAGUGUUAUUAAGAGUGGUUGUGCAAAGUUUGAAACCGGUCAAACGUUUGAGCCAUCAACUCCCAACAUUUCUUUUGUUCCGUAUCUCCAAACCGUAACGCAACAAUGUUGGAUCCGUUUACACAGCUCUUCCAACUUUGUUGGGGCCUCGCACGCGCCAAAGAUGGCUGUAGAAUUCAAGUUUACUAAGUCUCAUGGGGUUGUAUCCUUCGCACUAAGCACUGCAGGUCCCAACAUUGUUGGUUUUGUUGCAUCCAUUUUCACACCACUGAAUUAUGGACGCAACAAUCUUUGUAUUGUUGGCCCAACAACGUUGGAACUUGCUGCGUCCGUUUGCCAGAAGCUUAGCGUAUCAGUCUUUUGAUGCCUGUGUUUCUAGUUGACGCUUCAAAGUAGACUUAAUAUGUAUGCCGGUUGUUCGACUCGUCACAGUUAAAACCUUAAUUUGCCAUUUAAAAAUGAUGUUUCUUUAGAAGCUCUCAUUUUCAAAUGUACCCGCCUGUUACUCUUAAGUACGCGCUUGUGCAAAAACUUAUUGAAACCCCUGCACGCCGCUGUCAUAUGUGCAGAAUGAGAUGCGCAGUGCAAAACUUACACUGACCUUAAUUGAAAUUGAACUUGAGGAUGGAUUUCUCGUCACUGAAAUCCGUUUUUCGAGUUCAAGUUUGAAUUUCAAAAUCUAAAUCCAGAUUUCCCAAUGACAAGCACCCACAUAGUUCCGAUCAGCAUAAUUUUGUACUUUUUCAAGAAUCCAUUGAAAAUAUUUUAAAAAUAUCUUAUUAAUAAUUUGUCAAUUUUUGGUCAACAGUUGCUGAAACGAAAAACUUACUUUCCCACUUGUUUAUAUCUUAGGAAUCUUGUAAUCUGAUCGUGCAACAUGGAGCAAAUGAAGUUUGAAGAAGAUCCAGCUUAUCAGGUGUGCAUCUAACUUUCAAUUUAAUUUUUCACUUUUAACAAAUGAAACCUUCGCCUGGGAUGGUGGGUAACUUCUUUAACACCAACCAGAGCGCAUCUCAGUCCCCAGGCAUGGUUUCAGAAGAUCUUUGUUGUUCUAAAAGCAAGCUGUCCGACCACGCGACUAAUCUGACACAAAGAGCAGUACAAUAACACAAAUUCCGAUCGGAUCACUAUUUCUUUAAGCAGUUGAAACUAGGUUAUAUUAAUUUUGGGGAAGAUUGGUUCUCGUCCAAACACUCGCACAAUUUUGAGGACCGCUCAAAACAAGAGCGUCAACAGUGCGGCAUUUUCAAUCUAGCGUCGAGCGAUUUACCUCCCGGUCCUUAUCACCGCUCAGACAACUUCCUCUUGGAUACAUUUCGGUCGACUGAAUCACCUGUUUUUGGAAAAGACAUCAGAAUUGUAAACUAAUGCAGCUAUGAAGGACUCUUAUAUAGUUUACCACUGAUUCAGGUAUAAAAGCAAAUCAAAGAUAAACAGCUUCCUCGUCCAAUCAAGGAAGCGAUAAGGUAGUGUUUCCUUUAUUAAUCCCUCUGAUCAGUCCUCGAAUCUAAAAGUGUAAUAAACUUAGUCAAAGCAUUUUGUAUUCCCAACAGGAGGCUUGCAGGCGAUUGUUGUUCAGUGAUGGCACACGAACAGCUCUUGUUAUUAGCUCUCUGCUGACGCUUUUCCCCAUUGGAAUAAUUUCUUUGGUGUUUUGGAUUCUGGUAAGCACUCAAUUACAUUGUUAUUGGAAGCGCUGUUUUGAACAUUUUCUAAAAAAUGUAUUCUUAUUUGUCUCGCUUAAUCAAUUACUUACUCACUCAAAAAUUAACCCAGCCACUCAACUCGCUCAUACCCUCAGCCUGUUCAUCCAUCCAUCCAUCCAUCCUUCUUCUUUUUCUGGGCACAGGUAUAACGGAUGCAAAACUAAAUCUCUUUUUUUUUUCUUGUAGGCACGAAGGGCUGGGUCAAUGGGACGCAAGAAGAGGGAAGCAGAAAACUUUCACGAGGCCGAAAACAUGGCUCUGACGUCAAUUUCGUUUGGAUUGUGUGCCAUACUAACUAUUUUAAUCUGCAUUCCACAGUUAAAGGGCGCAGGUGUCAAGUGAGACGACUGUUUAUAACGAUUAUUUGGGUUUCAGGUCAAAACGCACCAAACUGCACUUGUAAUUCUUAAGUAAAUUUUUCAUGUAAACUCGGGGAAGACGAAGAAAAGUUUGCUAUGUUUUUCCACUGCCAUGUAAUUCUUUAGACCUAAGCACCUUAACCCUGACUUUUCCUUAAAAUACUGUUU